AUGAGCAACCGCAGAGAGCGUCGAGCUCAAGCUCGAGCCAAUUCGGCUACUAAAAAUGAAAUUCCUUUUCACCAGCCAUCUCGUAACGCUCCAACCCACAAGACCCUCUUCGACAUCGCCUCGGAGCGCCAAUUGCUCAAUACCACGUCGCAAAGCUCUCCUCCCUCAAUUACAACCACAAGAAUAAAUCCAGAUGGAACUCUCUCAACUACAGGUUCAGCUUCGAACUCUCCUGAUGCUACAAUGCCCUACCUCGAUGUCUUUCUUUACACCGCGACCCUGACCAUGCUACACUUUACCCUUACUGUCCUGGUCCAUCAUCAAUACGCGACCACGCCGCCAUCGCUUACCUCGAUCCUCUACACCAGCACUGUCAUCUCUCCUACACCGGUUCUAAUCCUCGUACUAGUGUCCAUCCUGCAUCCUCAGUCGUCACACCUCCUCACGCAGAUACUGUUCGCAUGUCUGAGUGUGGCAGCCGGGGCUUGGCUUGUUCAUGCUAGUAACGAAGACCCGUAUAUGGCAGUUAUGAAGAAGGCACCGCCACUGGGAACACUGUGGGUGUGGGCGAUUGUGGAGAUGAGGUGGGAGUGGGCUGUGGGGUGUUUGGGUGUGGUUGCCGGGUGGGGGUGGUGGAAGGGGUAUAACAUCACGCCAUUUAAAAUGCCCAUGCCAACUGGAAUUCGCGGCUCUAUCAAGUCUACAAAAAUAUCAAAGUCCAUUAAAGUCAAUUCUCAUGAGAUUCCUGAUCUUGAAGAAAGAAGGGAUACGAGAACAAGCCCCGAGCGAAAAUCAUCCAUCGCCGUUAUGGAUUUCUUCCACAAGGAAAAACGACAUAGCAUUGGCUUGGGAGGAAAGGGAUCCAAUACUCCAGCCAAAGGCAGCCCUAAGAACAGCCCCAAACUUGUUCCAACAAAGCCUGCCAAGUUGGCCAUCGACAUGGAAUCGCCGCCUCUCGUCUUCUACGGCAACCCGAGCCAGUCAACCGGUGCCCUCCUUUCCGGCCAGCUCCUUCUCACAGUCACCGACCCCGGGAUCAAGCUCCAGACUUUUCAAAUGACCCUCAUCGCACGAGUCACAAACAAGAGACCCAUCACCAAAGACUGUCCCAACUGUCAGGUGAAAGACACCGAUCUUUUUACCUGGAAAUUCCUCACCGAGCCCACUUCUUACAAGCCCGGCAUCCACACCUUCCCCUUCUCUUAUCUGCUGCCAGGCCACCUGCCCGCUACCUCCCACGGUGAGCUUGGACACAUAGACUACGUUCUGGACGGCCGUGCCGUCUGCGCCGUGUCCGAUACCAUCACUGUCUCCCGUACCCUGACAGUCCAACGCGCACUGCCAGGCAGCGACAAAAUCUCCGUCCGCGUCUUCCCUCCUACGAAUUUGAACGUGAAGGUGGUUAUACCUAGCGUCAUCCACCCAAUCGGCGAAUUCGCCGUUCAGAUGAGCAUGACUGGUAUCAUAGACAAUAGCUUGAAGAACAUUCAGAGGCGCUGGCGUAUCAGACGUAUGAACUGGAAGAUAGAAGAGAAUAGCAAGAUCAUCAGCCCCGCUUGUCCCAAGCAUACGAACAAAGUGGGCGGCGAGGGCAAGGGUAUACUACAUGAAGACACGCGCUCGAUUGGUGGCGAUGAAAUGAAGGACGGAUGGAAAAGUGAUUACGAUACGCAGGGCGGUGAAAUUACCCUGGAAUUCAUGGCCGCUAUCAGACCCAGCUCUCAGCCCGUCUGCGAUGUCGAUUCGCCUACUGGUCUUACCGUACAUCAUAACCUCGUCCUCGAAAUCAUCGUCGCGGAAGAGCAGACGACGGGCAAAGGUACCAAGGGCGCUAUGCCGACCGGCUCGGCGAGGGUGCUGCGGAUGCAGUUCAAGACUACGGUCACAGAGAGGGCUGGAAUGGGAAUCAGCUGGGAUGAGGAGAUGCCGCCUAUGUACGAGGACGUACCCUCGAGUCCACCAGUUUACGCUGGAAUGGAGGACUUUGUGGGCGAUUUGCCCGCGGAUGAAUCGUUGGAGCAUAUGCAGCGCUGA